AUGCGCGUCAAACUCCCCAUCGCCCGCCAGGGCAGCGAGGCAUCCCCCAACGAGUAUACAUCUCUUCUCCCAAAGCCAGCAGAUAUCGAAAGCUCUUUGGCACCAGAAGAAGAUGAAGGCACUGAAUCACAUCCCUCGGAAAGAAGCCUUGUGGCUUCAGAGUUCUGGCUGCUCCUAAAAGGCUCUAUCCCCGUGAUUCUGGCCUAUACACUGCAGAACAGUCUCCAGACGAUAUCUAUCAUCAUAGUUGGACGUUCUUCACCUGAAAAUCUGGCCACGAGUGCAUUCUCUCUCAUGUUUGCCAUGAUCACAGCAUGGAUGAUUGCGUUGGGAGGGACGACUGCUUUGGAUACGCUGGCCUCGUCGACGUUUACUGGGAGCUCGAACAAACAUGAUCUUGGGAUUCUGCUUCAGAGAGGGUUCUUCGUUUUGAGUCUCUUUUACAUCCCGGUUGCUAUUCUCUGGGUGUGUUCGGAGCCUGUUUUUCUUUUCUUAGGCCAGGAUCCGAAUCUAUCACGGGACAGUGCUAGGUUUUUGACUUGUUUGAUUCCUGGAGGACUGGGUUAUAUCUAUUUUGAAUUGAUGAAGAAGUAUCUGCAAGCACAAGGAAUCAUGCGGCCUGGUACAUACGUUCUUCUGAUAACCUCGCCGUUCAAUGCCGGUCUCAACUAUCUUUUCUGCUAUACCUUUCACAUGGGACUACUUGGUGCCCCCCUUGCAACAAGUAUCUCCUACUGGCUCUCAUUUGUUCUGCUACUUCUUUAUGCCCGGUUCAUUGCAGGAUCCGAGUGCUGGGGUGGAUGGUCACGAGAAGCCUUCAGAAAUCUCGGUACCUUUGCUCGUUUGGCUUUCCUGGGCAUAAUCCAAGUUGGCACAGAGUGGUGGGCAUUCGAGAUUGUGGCUCUCGCGGCCGGCCGCCUCGGAACGAUUUCCCUUGCCGCUCAAAGUGUGAUUAUGACAGCAGACCAGGUUCUAAACACCGUGCCAUUCGGUGUGGGAGUGGCGACGUCAGCACGAGUAGGCAAUCUACUUGGGUCGCGGAAUUCUCGCGGUGCCGCGCGCGCCGCCAACGCUGCGGCCUGGCUUAGCAUGUUUCUUGGGACCGUGGUAUUGGCCGUCCUGAUGGGCUCCCGGAACCACUUUGCUAAGAUAUUCAAUAACGACGAGCGGGUCGUUCGUCUGACCGCAGAGGUGCUUCCGUAUGUUGCGCUGUUCCAGAUUGCGGAUGGGCUGAACGGAAGCUGCGGAGGUAGUCUUCGAGGGAUGGGCCGGCAGCAUGUCGGCGCCAUGGUCAAUAUUAUCAGCUACUACGGCGGAGCACUGCCGCUAGGAAUCUGGUUGGCAUUCCAUGGCUGGGGACUCAAAGGUUUGUGGGUAGGACAGUGUAUUGCUUUGUAUCUAGUGGGGGCGUUGGAGUGGAUGAUUGUUGCAUUGAGCAACUGGAACAAAGAGGUUGACAAGGCCUUUAGACGGAUGGAUGUCGAGGAACGAAUUGAGAGGGAGGAUUAG